CGAGGCGACGCGCAACGGCGAGACGGGCUCCGGCGCGGGGGAUGCACGCGCCUGCCUCAGUCUGAGAAUCCGACUUCUGCCUCGGCGCUGUAGGCGUUUGGUUGCGGAGAGCCCGAUUAGGUCACGUCGGUCGGGGUGGUCGAUGAGGAGGAGGCCGGGACGAGCUGCGCAGGCAAUUCGGUGCGAGAGUUGUUGAUUCGAGGGCCGAUUUGUGGUGGUGGCGUCGGUGGUCGCUGCUCGAGGAGUCGCGGUUCGUCUGGUGCUCGAGGUCGCGCUUCUCGUGGACGAAGCGCAGGGGUGGGGGGCGUCAUGGUGGAGCUCGUCGAGAGCGCUGUCCGGCCUCUGGACCUCGGGGUGGUUGCCGAUGGCGAGGCGAAGGUCGCCCCGUCCCCGCGGGUGCAGAGGGUGAAGAGGCUCGAGCGGCCUCUGAAGGCAGUUCUGGAUGAGCAGGUGGCGAAGGUUUUUGAGGAAAUUGAUGGUCUGCAGGCCAGGAUUUUCGAAAUUAAGACUAUCAUCGAUAGCAAGCAGCAAAACAAACAUGUUUUGCCGCAAGAUGUGGUGGAGGCCCGGAGCCAACUGAAUGAGUUAACCGCCACUUUUCGAUCUGUGAUGGAUGAGAAGAGGGCUCUGCGAGAAGAGCUGGAUGUUGCCGACAAAACGAGGGAGAGGAUGCGUGCAGAUGCAAGAUCGUUACGCGAGAAGUUGCCGUACGUGCGUGUGGAGCAGAUCGAGGAGGAGAUCAAGAAGCUCGAGUACAUGAUGACUCACACGUCUCUCACUCUUCAGGAGGAGAAGAAAUUGCUGCAGCAGGUGAAGGACCUGACGAAAUCGAGGGACUUUGUCAGGGAUUACAACGAUAGAAUGGAACAGAUUACUCUAGAAGAAGCUUCUCGGGCAGGGAUCAUGCAGAUAAUCCGGGAGAAGGAUGAGAUGCUGACGAGCUUGAAGGCACACCAGGAUCAGCAAAGAAAGCUGUUGGCGCGGUUGCGAGAAAGGGAUGCAGCUCAGGCCAUCGACAUUCCCAAUCUGAUUCAACAGAGAAAUGAUGCCUUUGACAAGAUCAAGUCAUUACGGGACGAAGUGAAGGAGUUGAAAGCGGAUUUCCGCGCUAAGGAAGACGAGUACUGGGAGAGGGAAAGGCAAUGGAAGGAACAACAAGCUAUUCAAAGGCGCAAAGAUUACGAGAAGAGAGAAGCAGAACGCAAGGAGCGAGAGAAAAUUCGCAAAGAGAGGGAACUCGAGAAUUUUGUGGAACCUUACACUGACGAGAUAAUUAUCUGCGAUCAGCUCAUCUCGUACCUUCAGAAGCACGCCCCGGCAGUAGAGGAGAGCUCUUCUGCUGUGGCCGUAAAGGCAGAAAUUGUCGCUCCGAAGGGUGUAGGGAAUGUCCUUAUCAGCAAAAAGAGCAGAAACGAUGAAGAGCUAGACGGCUGGUUUCUUGGGUCUGGUGCCAAAGGCAAGGGUAAGAAGACUAAAGCGCCAACUGCCACGAAGAGCAAGGAGAAGGAAAGACUGUCUUUGUCGCUGGAUGUGCUGACUUCGUUUCAAAAGGUCAAGCUCUCGCCUCCUUUAACGGUUGGGGACGCACCCAAGGCGGUGGAAGAUGUCAAAUUGAAGAAAGAGGAGUAUUUGAAGCUCCAAAAGGUAGCCAAAGAGAAGAGGGAGCGUGGGGAGGAGGCAGUGGUUGCAAAGGAAGCGACUCCCGAAAUCAGAGCUCCUCUAGUGGAGGGGGUCAAGGACGAGGAUCCCGAAUUUGUCGCUCAAGCCACAGAGAAAGUCCCUGACCAGGUGGAGCUGCCCAACGAUUUGGAGAAAAUUGAGAAGGGCCUCCCUGAGAAGGUCAUCGAUGUUGAAGUCAUCGAUCCUGAAGUCGACGUCCUAGGCGGUGAGAUCCUUACAGCAGCGUAAGUGAUGACACUGCCGAGACGCAGGCAGGUGAGAUCGACGAGUUUUUUGACAGCGAAGAGUGGAGUUUCAGAGAGAUUAUGGUCGCCCAAAAGGCUGUUUUUUUUGCCUUUCUCCAGAUUUCCAUUCUGAGGCACACUGAUCUCGAUGGAUUAUGGGCCAGCGGCAUUUGUUCUUUUUAAUUGUAGGAUGAUAGUUCGCAGUUUAGCUACGGUUGAUUAAGACAUUUCAAACCCCCAAGUGGGGUAAGUCGAGGAAGUUGGACCCAGUUCUUGCUGGAACUUUGAAGGGUUUACCCGAGGAGAGGGAAAGCGCAUGGGCCUUGAGGAUCCUGGAGUUACCAUGCGAUAAAGUUUCUCUCCUCCUUUCUUUUGUUUCCCUUUUCCUCGUUCAGUUUUCUGUAAUCCUGUCCUCCCUAUUCUCCGUGCCUGCACGUUAAGAGUCCCUGUUGUUGAACUUUUGUAGCUUCGACGGCUUUGACAGUUGUCGAGUAUCAACGCGCUUACGCACAGAUAUCAUAGCGUCAACUUUAUUUGGUUCAGCAACUUAGUAAAAUGUAUGAUACUUACUAGUUAGACUUUCAUUUGGAGAGGGGUGAGAACUGUUCCUCUCAGGUAGAUAGUAAAUUUAAAUGUGAGGAGGUAGACAGUAUUUUUAUGUCUUUUACAAGACAAAUCUACUGCCAUAUUGGCUCCAACACACGUCUGUAAAGUUGUCCCCAAAACUGAGUCGAUGUUGGUGUUAUUUUUGAGCAUGCACCAUUCAAGAGACUGAUUUCUUUGAGUUCUUGUGAGGUCUCUUUAGAUUUACAUGAGAUGGUUACGCCCACACCAACAGUGCAGAAACUGCCGGAGAUGAGCCGUGUGCAAUCACCAGACCAAGCUAGUAUGACACAUGGAUUCGUUCAGGCCAAAGCCAUGUUUCAAGGUGGGGUAGUUCUCGAGAUUAACAAGAUCUGU